UGAAAUAAACACAGCUGGAAAACCGACCACCUAUUGUUUUUCUUUCUGUUAGGAAAUGAAAGAGCCAUUUAUCAAAGGCAUAGAGCACUGGGCUCCCUGAGUUACUUCUGGGAUUUAUAGCUGCGGGGCUGGUUAAUGAUCAAUGCCACCCCUGGGUGUCUGAAUUGGCCUGCUAACCUUCUGCCUCCUUGAGUGGCUUCCCCUGCCCUGGAACAAUGAACUCUGGAGUUUUGCUACCACACAGAGCAGGAGGCGGAGCCUGCUCUGUUCUUUGCCUCCCGCUGAACAGCUGAAGCGUGCUGGCUUUGGAGCUUAGCGAAUGAUGGCUUCUGCCGGGAUUCCUUCUGCCUGCUCCCAGUUUGCAGCUUCGCAGGCCUCCUGGGAGCCCUUGAAGCUUCUGGAGAUGGUCAAGCAAGAAGCGAAACCCUGGCCUUAAGAUUCCAAGAGAAGCAUUUGAACAACCUCAGACCAGUUCCACGCCACCUCGGGAUUUAGACUCCAAGGCUUGCAUAUCUAUUGGAAACCAGAAUUUUGAGGUGAAGGCAGAUGACCUGGAACCCAUAGUGGAGCUGGGGCGAGGUGCGUACGGGGUGGUGGAGAAGAUGCGCCACGUGCCCAGCGGGCAGAUCAUGGCGGUGAAGCGGAUACGGGCCACAGUUAAUAGCCAGGAGCAGAAACGGCUACUGAUGGAUCUGGAUGUUUCCAUGAGGACAGUGGACUGUCCAUUUACUGUGACCUUCUAUGGCGCACUCUUCCGGGAGGGCGAUGUGUGGAUCUGCAUGGAGCUCAUGGAUACGUCACUAGAUAAAUUCUACAAACAAGUUAUUGAUAAAGGCCAAACAAUUCCAGAGGAUAUCUUAGGAAAGAUAGCAGUUUCUAUUGUAAAAGCAUUAGAACAUUUACACAGUAAGCUCUCUGUGAUCCAUCGAGAUGUCAAGCCUUCUAACGUGCUCAUUAACACACUGGGUCAAGUGAAGAUGUGUGACUUUGGAAUUAGUGGCUACCUGGUCGACUCUGUUGCUAAAACGAUCGAUGCCGGUUGCAAACCAUACAUGGCUCCUGAACGAAUAAAUCCAGAGCUCAACCAGAAGGGGUACAGUGUGAAGUCUGACAUUUGGAGUCUCGGCAUCACCAUGAUUGAGCUGGCCAUCCUUCGGUUUCCCUAUGAUUCUUGGGGAACGCCCUUCCAGCAGCUGAAGCAGGUGGUAGAAGAACCAUCUCCCCAGCUCCCGGCAGACAAGUUCUCAGCGGACUUUGUUGACUUUACCUCACAGUGCUUGAAGAAAAAUUCCAAAGAACGGCCCACAUAUCCAGAGCUUAUGCAACAUCCAUUUUUCACCGUACAUGAAUCCAAAGCAGCAGACGUGGCAUCUUUUGUAAAACUGAUACUUGGGGACUAAAAAGCCAUGGACUUAACUGGUCGACCCUACUGUGGAUUGGUGAGCUUACAGGGCGGAGUGAGUUCACUACAGCGCCAACAGAAAGUCGUCUUGUGAUCAUUGAACCCCGCCUUUCUGAGGGGUUUCCUCUCCCUGGUUUUCUUUUUCCUCUCCAAAGGGGGCCUUGAAAUCUCUAGCCCAGGCUGAACUCUCUAGAUGGGUGAAAUACGACGAAGGCUUAGGACUUGAAAAGGGGAUGAAAUAUUUAAUGGCAAGUCAGACGAGUCCUCAAGCUUCUCAGAUCUCUCGUGUUCUUUACGAAAUGAAUGCAUCGACCCUGGUUACAAGGUGCUACAGUAGUGACGAGAUUGUAAAGUAGAUUCGUAGUGUAUCCCACUUAUUUUAAUAUUUAUGUUUCAGUUCUUGGUUGGAAAUAUUCCACUUUAUGCAAGAAGGGAGAUACAGAGGCAGGGCUGACUUAGCAGUAUUUAUAGGGCUUUUAUUUUUUGAGUUCAAUCAUGUCUGUGGUCCAGAGGAAGUUAUUUAAUAUGCAUUUUAAAGGAUAUUAUAAAAAUCUCAAGCAAAGGGGCUCUUCCUGUGCAGUGUGGCUUGCAAGCUCUCAGAGCUGCUGCUCCCGACCUUCAACCCAACCGUGGGUGAUCAUCGCAUCUUUUGAAUGAUUUGUCAACGUUAAUGUUCCUCACCCCCCACCCCCCAACUUUGGAAAACAUGAAAGUCACUUGUAUCAUGGCUCAAAGAGUUAAAAAAUACAAUGGUUCUCUUCAAAUUUGUGGUAUAGUAUUAGUGAAAAAAUGAAAAUAACGGAAAGUGA